AUGAGCGUCGCCCGCCCGGCGCGCAGCCUCCUGGGCAAGUGCGUCGCCUCUGCCCGCACGGCGCAAACCAUCGCCGCCGUCGUCCCCAGCUGCCAGCACCAGCUUCACACCUCGAUACCCCGCGCCUCGAAGCGGCGAUCACGCUUCCGCAAUGUCAAGGCCGAGGAGAUGGGUCUGCUGAACCCGGAGCGGCUCGCCAAGUACCGCCAGGAGAAGUUUCCCGAGUACACCAAGGAGGAGCUCGAGAUCCUCAAGAGCAAGUACACGCCCGAGCAACUCGAGGCCCUCAAGGCCGCCGAGGAGGCAAUCAACCCGGACGACUUGAUCUUCCAGGGCCGGCUACGAGAUGACCCCUACAGGCCGCAGUAUAUCGAGGACUACACCACGCUGGACCCGCGGUACGACGUCAAGCCGGAGAUUGAGGGCACGCCCUGGGAGCCGCAGUGGCUGAACCCCAGCGACUGGGCCGACAAGUACGGGUCGAAGCUGGCCGACUUGACAGACAAGAAGACGAGCGAGCAGCUUACAAAAGCCAUGGUCCGCGCGCUGCGGCGAGUCAAGGAGAGCAACGGCGCGGAACUGAUAGAUCUGACAGACGAAGAGCUGGUAGACCUGGAGAAGGACCCCGAACUGCUCAAGAAAUACCUGAUUGAGGAGGACGGCGAGGAUAAAAGGGCAGACGCCGAAGCCGCCACCAUUACACAAGAACAAGUCAUGAAGCUCGACCAGGCCAUUAACGAGGAGUGGAAGAAGGAGCUCAGCAAGAUCAGCGACGGCCUCGACUCGGGCGAGAUCGAGCCCUCGAACCUGGAACUCAUCGAGGAUGGCCCCGCUGGCUCCAGCAGGCUGCACUCGGCCGAGGCGCCCGAGCUGGGCAAGGUCCCCGGCGUCGAGGGCCUGUACAAGUCCGCCGCCGACCCGGAGGACGAGGGCAUGGACGACGACGGCCGCUACCAGGAGAUUAAGCGGCUGACGGGCAUGUCUCUGCGGGACAUCCAGUCCAUCUACCGCAAGGUGCUCGUCACGCGCUGGGUUUCCAACCAGACCCGUCUGGGCAAGGUCCGCAGCACAUCUGUCGUCGCUAUUGCGGGCAACGGCAACGGCCGCCUGGGCCUGGGCAUUGCCAAGUCUACAGAGGCUGGUCUUGCUGCCGAGACGGCGCAGCUGCUGGCCAUUCGGAACAUGAAGCCCAUCAGACGGUACGAGAACCGUACGAUUUACGGAAAGUCCACGUCCAAGGUUUCGGGCACGGUUGUUGAGCUGUUUUCCCGCCCCCCAGGCUUUGGUCUCCGCUGCCCCCACCGCAUCUUCGAAAUGUGCCGUGCCGCCGGCAUCCACGACAUCGCGGCCAGCAUGCCCCGGUCCAAGAACCCCAUGAACUCCGUCAAAGCCGCCUACAACGCCCUGAUGAACCAGGUUGACCCUGAGGCGAUUGCCAUCGGACGAGGAAAGAAGAUGGUGGAUGUGCGAAAGGUGUACUAUGGAGGAAAUGUAUAUUAG